UAGGCGAACGGGAGUCUUCAUAGUGACGGGCCGGUGAUGGUAUGUUUGUGACGCGGUCCCAACUGACGGCUUCAUAUGCUCCCUUUUCUUACCGCCAGACGUAUCCAACAGGAUCAACCGACUUCUCUCUGUGACACGGUCGCCGUCCGAAUCUCUCGAUCGGAAUCGUUUAUCUCGUGUCGAUGUUUCAACUAACUGGUGCGUGUUUCUUUAUAUUGGUCAUAGUGCGAGUCUUAAACAGUACGUGAAUUCCACGUAAACUAAUCAUACAACCGGCAGUGUUACAUUUGCCUUUGUUCUUGAUACCGCUGAUGACGAUCGCAAAGUGGCAGCAUUUUCCCUUCUAUGAAAUCAAGAGUGUGCUGAUUUGUCCGAUCAGCCAAGAGGCUCACAAAGCUGAAUGGAUUCUUUGGUGCCGUUGCUUCUAAAAAUUCGGGGUUUAUUUACAUUAUGGCUCCUCUUGCUGCUAUCACCCGCCAUUCUUGCCUCUUACAGUAUUGGUGUCGGAAGAGCUGACAGCACAGGACCUACAGCAGAAAUUGUUUUUAUGGGAUAUGCGAAAAUGGAUCAGAAAGGAAAUGGUCUGCACCUCCGGACGUUUUCCAGAGCUUUCAUAAUUGAUGAUGGUGAGGAAAGAUUCGUAUUUGUGAGUGUGGACAGCGCGAUGAUAGGCAACGACAUCCGACAGGAGGUAUUGCGCAAAUUGCAGAUCCAAUUUGGUAACAUGUACACGGAGAGGAACGUGAUGAUUAGCAGCACACAUACACACUCGAGUCCGGGUGGUUUCAUGCUCGACGUGCUCUUCGAUCUGACCACAUUCGGCUUCGUCAGGGAGUCGUUCGACGCUAUCGUCAAUGGCAUAACGAAGAGCAUCGAACGUGCUCACGAUGCCGUUGUACCUGGGAGGAUUCACAUUAUUCACGGUCAAGUUUUAGACGCCAAUAUUAAUAGGAGCCCGCAGGCGUAUCGUAACAAUCCGAAAUCAGAAAGAGAUAAAUACGAGUAUGACGUCGACAAAAUACUAACACAGAUGCAAUUUAUUGGAGCCGACGAUAAGCCCCUCGGUGUUGUAAAUUGGUUUGCCGUACAUCCGACUAGCAUGAACAAUACCAAUCGCCUGGUCUCCAGCGACAACAUGGGCUAUGCAUCAAUUCUCUUUGAGAAAAUGAUGAAUAAUAAUACCGUGAUCGGCAAGGGUCAGUUUGUGGCAGCCUUCGCCUCGACCAAUCUCGGUGAUGUGUCGCCAAACACACGCGGUCCCAAAUGUGAAUUCUCUGGAAAAAACUGUUCCGAUCAGUAUACAUGUCCCGGAAUAAAGGAAAAGUGCUUCGCUUCCGGUCCUGGCAAGAAUAUGUUCGAGAGUACGAGCAUCAUCGCUCACAAGAUUUACCAGGAGGCCGCGAAAUUAUGGAAGAGCGACAAAGCGAUGGAAGUGGUCGGACCAGUGCGAGUAGUUCACCAAUAUGUCAACAUGCCAGAGCAGUCUGCAGAGUUCUAUAACGAGACAACGGGCAAAUUCGAGGAGGUUCACGGUUGCAUACCUGCGAUGGGCUACAGCUUCGCAGCUGGAACCACCGACGGACCGGGUUCGUUCGCGUUCGAGCAGGGGACAACAACGUCAAAUCCUUUCUGGAAUACCGUGCGAAACUUUCUUGCCGCCCCAACAAAAGAGGAUAUUCGCUGCCAGGGCGCGAAACCUAUUUUGCUAGCCACUGGACGGAUGAAGCUACCCUAUCAAUGGCAACCGAAAAUCGUUUCGACUCAAGUAGCUAUAAUCGGAAACGUCGUCAUCGCCGGAGUGCCUGCUGAAUUCACGACAAUGUCCGGAAGAAGAUUGCGAGAGGUUAUCAAGAAAGUCAUGAAUGAUGCGUCCGACGAGGAAACAUCUAUAAUAGUCGCAGGACUCUGCAAUACUUACAGCGAUUACGUGACAACGCCCGAAGAAUAUCAAAUACAGAGGUAUGAAGGCGCAUCGACUAUAUAUGGCCCGCAUACGCUUACAAUCUACUUGAGACAAUAUCAGGAGCUAGUACAAGCAGCUAUUAAAAAAAAAUCUAUUCCAUCGGGACCGCCAGCUUCAAAGUUGCUGCAAAGCAAUCUAAUUACUCUUGUACCUCCCGUUUUAUAUGAUACUCCAAAAUGGGGACGUAACUUUGGCGAUGUGAUCCAACAACCAUCGAAAGUCGCUUCGCCAGGUGACACGAUCAAGGCAAUCUUCGUUGCCGGUCAUCCGCGUAAUAAUUUAAUGACAGAUGGCACCUUCUUAACCGUGGAGCGGUUAGAAGACGAUGAAGUUUGGUUGCCAAUAGUUACAGACGCUGAUUGGGAAACCAAAUUUCAAUGGACGAGAACUUCCGUGAUACUAGGAUCGAGUCAGGUGACCAUUACGUGGGAAGUCCCAGAGGACGUUAAACCGGGCGAAUAUCGCAUCAGGCAUAACGGUUACUACCGUUAUAUUCUUGGUGGCGUGUAUCCUUACUAUGGUGUCACCAAUCAUUUUCGAGUGGAAGUUCCUGCAUUACAGAAAAUCCGUAAACGUUACUAUGAAUAACAGUUGGGAUAUCUUUCCGGACUAUGUGCUUCCUUAGAUAAGGAAAUCAUUACGCUUAAUUUAUCAAAUCAAUUCUGCUGUGUGUAUGUAAAUAGAUAUUCUAUUUUGAUUAAAUGGCGAGUGUGAACGAGCGAAUAUAUCUUUUUUAAGAUAUUGCGUCUCUUUGUAUUCAGAACUCAUAUAUAAAAUAAAAUAUGUUCCUGCUUUUUUCAAUGCCACGUGAUACUAUUAGGAUUUUUCUAUAAUGAUUAAUAUGUACUACACACGAUACAUAUGUGAAUGAUUAAUUGUAAGAUAGAACUUGAAAUUAUUCUUGCGAGCUUGAAUUACAGAAAUAAUA